AUGGAAAUCCUUAUUGAGGAAAUUACAAAAGACCCUCGCGGCUUGACAAGUGGGACGGAUCCUGGGCAUACAAUCAACCGGCAUGGAAGUUCGGAUGGAAAACCAUCACUAACAGACGGUGACCAUGCCACCACUUCCAAACCUGAGCAACAAGAUGGAAACAAGAUAAACAGAACUGAUAAAGACGAGAAAAAUAAUGGAAAAGGUAAAGAGGAAACGCCUGAAACGGCAGAGAUAGAGACACCCAUAUUGCUUGCAGCUAGAAAUGGUAUCACGGAGAUGGUUGAAUACUUACUCAAAAAGUUUCCAGUAGUCAUUGCUGACAAGAGUGAAGGUAAAAAUAUUGUUCUUUGGGCCGCAAAGAACAGGCAAACACAUGUAUUACAGCUACUGCUCAAGCAAAGGUUUGUAAAACGUAAACUAAUUCAUGAAGUGGAUAUGAAUGAAAACAACGCAUUGCAUCUGGCGGCUGAGAUAGGAAAGCAAAAGCCUUGGCUAAUUCCUGGUGCUGCAUUGCAAAUGCAGUGUGAAGUCAAAUGGUAUGAGUUUGUAAAAGACAUGAUGCCGCAACACUUCUGUUAUCAAGUCAACCUCGAGAACAAGACCCCAGAAGAUAUAUUCUACGAAACCCACAUGGACCUCGUCAAGGACGGAGGCGAGUGGCUGAAAAGCAUUUCAAAUUCCUGCUCUGUUGUGGCUACACUCAUCGCUGCUGUUGUCUUUCCGGCGUCAACCACUGUCCCCGGUGGAAUCAAUGAUAAUAGUGGCAUGCCAGUCCUUGUAAAACAUCCUGCAUUCAGCGUAUUUGCUAUUUCCUCACUCGUUGCUCUGUGCGCCUCUGUUAUUUCCUUGUUUUUGUUCCUCAACAUCCUCACCUCCCAAUACCAACCGAAAGAUUUUCAUAGCUAUGUGCCGAGGAAACUUCUGCUUGGCCUAACAUUGCUCUUUGUAUCCAUUGGGGCGAUGUUAAUUUCUUUCUGUGCUGGACAGUUCUUCUUGCUAAAAAGUAAACUGCAAGAUAAGGCGUUUCCUGUGUAUACGGUGAUAUGCCUGCCUAUAAUCCUUUUAUCCAUGGGACAGCUUCCACUCUACUUUCAACUUUUAUUGGUUACUCUCAAGAAGGUGCCUCCGCCGAGCUAUAAGGUGGUUUCUCUCUAG